AUGCUUGUGAAACCUUCACUGACAAAGUACCUCAGAUCACACAAAGGCAUACUUAGAGAUGAAAGGGAGUUCCUGAAAUGCCUACAUGACUGCAACUUAGAAACUGGGCGUAUGAUGAUAGUGAUGUCUUCUUUUUAUGGUGAAGAAUGUUUCGUCCCCUAUGAUCCAAAAGCUAUAACAAAUCUGCGAACAAGUUUGAGGAAGGAGGAGAAGGAAUGGGACAUUGCUGAGACAGUGGCUUAUUUUGCAGAGUUGAAGGACAAGGACCCGGGUUUCUACUCUCGAAUUUAUUUUGAUGAAGAGCACAGGGUUGAAAACAUUUUCUGGGUUGACAGUGCUGCAAGGAAGGCUUACACAGAAGCAUAUCAUGAUUGUGUGUCAUUUGAUACAACUUUCUUGACUAAUCAGUUCAAUAUGCCAUUUGCUCCAUUUAUUGGGAUAAACAGACAUGGACAGUCCUUCAUGCUUGGCUGUGGUUUCCUAAGGGAUGAGAAAGAGGAGAGUUUUACAUGGCUUUUCACCCAGUUCCUUGAUGCUAUGCAUGGUUUGCAGCCAACAAAUAUUAUAACAGACCAGGACCAGGCUAUGAGGAAUGCAAUCAGAGAAGAUUUCUUUGACACUUGUCACCGCAACUGUCGCUGGCACGUUCUGAAGAAAGCAAAUGAGAAGCUCGGGCCAUUCCUGGGUAGGCACCCUGGUUUGGCUGAAGACUUCAAUGAAUGCAUCAAUGAAAGUAUGAGUGAGGAUGAAUUUGAAGCAAGAUGGGAAGAGAUGAUUGCAAAGUGGGAUUUAGCUGAGCAUGAAACAUUUUUAUGGUUGAAGAAGUAUGCAAAAUUCUGGGUUCCAUGCUACUACAGACAUCGAUUCUUCCCAUUUUUGCAAUCAACUCAGAGGAGUGAGGGGUUUAACGCUGUUCUAAAACGUUACAUCAACCCUCACAACUCAAUCAAGCAUUUUGUUAAACAAUAUGAGAAGCUACAGCAACGGAUAUUGGGUAAGGAGGGCCACAAUGAUUUCCGCACGGAUGAGCUUGAGCCAGAUCCAUGGUCGUCGUUCCCUAUUGAGAAGCAAGCCUUGGCUGUGUACACACGCCCCAUCUACCAUCGGUUCAGGAAGGAGUUCGCGCUCAUUGGCUGUUAUAAUGUCCAACCACAGGGCAAUAAUUUGUACCAGCUAGUUCCUAACAAUGAGAAGUGCUAUCCUUAUGGUGGAAGGUACUACAUGGUUAAUGCUAAUGGUGGGCAAUUCAACUGCGAGUGCUGCAAGUGGACUCCAGCUGCAUUGGAAUAUGUGGUUCAGCCAACUGUCCCAGCACAAGAUGAUGUUAUGCCUGAAGAAUCAUGGCAGAAAUUGCGGUUUGCAAACUUGUCAACUAAGUUUGUUGCUUUGGCUAAACUAGCAAGUGCAUCAGACCAGCAUGAUGCUAUUACUCGUAGACACAUCAGAGAAAUGACAACUGACACCUACUACGCAGCAGAGAACAUCUUCAGGGCCUACCCGAACGCGACCAGUACCUCCACCUACAACAUCAAACAGGCAGCAGGCACCUCGGUCAGCUCCAGGGCAUGUGCCAACAACACAUACUACAGGUGA